GAGAGUAUCAAAAUGAGUGAAAUAGUGUUGCCAAAGUUCAUUCAAAAGCUAUUAGAUAAGAUUAUCAAAGAAAAUGGUUUUAAAGACUGUUCUGUGCAAGUGAAGCAGGGUUCUAACGUGGGCGAUGGAUUUAUGAGUGAACUGUCGUGCAUAACCCUUGCUGAACGUAACAGUGAGAAGAAGUUGCAUCUUGUGUGCAAAGUGGCACCGUCAAGCAAAAAUCGCCGGAAGGAAUUCAUAUCAGAUGUUGCUUUCACACGCGAAGCCGCUUUUUACACAAAAUUGAUGCCGAGUUUUGCAAAAUUCCAAGUGGAAAAAAACUUAUCGAAAGACGAUCAGUUUUUGGCGUAUCCAAAGUGCUACGCGGCAACGAUUGACGGCGAAAACGAGCAUUAUGCUAUAAUUUUGGAAGAUCUUCGACCACAAGAGUUCAAACUGUGGAACAAGGCGAAGACAUCGCCAAUUGAAAAUGUGCGGCUCGCAAUGCGCGAAUUGGGAAAAUUACAUGGGAUCGCGAUUGCAAUGAAAGAUCAAAAACCAGAAGAAUUCGCUGAAUUUGAGAAGUAUACAGACAUUUUUCGAUUUUUCUUCGAGUCGAAAAAUAUGCGAGAUAUGGUUAGAGGAUCAUAUGACCAGGCGAUGGCAUCGCUAAAGAGUCAAGAUCACAAGAACAUCAUGCUCGAUUUGAAAGAAAAUUUCAUGGAUUAUUUCGAAAAUAUGUUAAAUGAAAAAUCUGCUACUUAUUUAGGAGUGAUUUGCCAUGGGGAUUUCUGGAAUAAUAACAUACUUUUCCGUUUCAACAAAGAUGGUGCCGCGGAAGACAUUCGACUACUCGAUUGGCAAGUGAUCCGGUUCGGAUCUCCAGCAAUUGACUUACUCUAUAAUCUGUUUACAUCCACCGAUAAAGCACUCCGCGAUAAGGAAUACGACAAUCUAUUGCAGUUUUAUCACAAGUCACUAUCCAGAACAGUACAGCUAUUAGGAAGUAAUCCAGACGAGCUGUUUACAUUUGAUGACUUGCAAUCAGAAUUGAAGCGAUGUGGCAACUACGCACUGAUGCUCGCUCCAAUGCUUAUUCAAAUUUCGCAAGCAAACUCAAGCGAAGUUACAAACUUAGACGAAAUGUGUGACAAAAUGGCUGAGGGUGAGAAUGCGAACCAAGGCCUAGUCACUGGUUUAACAGAGCACGGGCAAGCGGAAUACGAGCGUCGACUGAAUGAUGUCGUUGAAGAUGUGGUUCGGUUGGGCUAUUAUCACAAGCAAAUUUUUAACCAACUUUCGAAUACACAAUUACAAUCGUAUCGUGAACGUUUCGACGAGAGUAUCAAAAUGAGUGAAAUAGCGUUGCCAAAGUUCAUUCAAAAGCUAUUAGAUAAGAUUAUCAAAGAAAAUGGUUUUAAAGACUGUUCUGUGCAAGUGAAGCAGGGUUCUAACGUGGGCGAUGGAUUUAUGAGUGAACUGUCGUGCAUAACCCUUGCUGAACGUAACAGUGAAAAGAAGUUGCAUCUUGUGUGCAAAGUGGCACCUUCAAGCAAAAAUCGCCGGAAGGAAUUCAUAUCAGAUGUUGCUUUCACACGCGAAGCCGCUUUUUACACAAAAUUGAUGCCGAGUUUUGCAAAAUUCCAAGCGGAAAAAAACUUAUCGAAAGACGAUCAGUUUUUGGCGUAUCCAAAGUGCUACGCGGCAACGAUUGACGGCGAAAACGAGCAUUAUGCUAUAAUUUUGGAGGAUCUUCGACCACAAGAGUUCAAACUGUGGAACAAGGUGAAGACAUCGCCAAUUGAAAAUGUGCGGCUCGCAAUGCGUGAGAUUGCAAAGUUUCACGGAAUUUCGAUUGCAAUGAAAGAUCAAAAACCAGAAGAAUUCGCUGAAUUUGAGAAGUAUACAGACAUUUUUCGAUUUUUCUUCGAGUCGAAAAAUAUGCGAGAUAUGGUUAGAGGAUCAUACGAGCAGGCGGUGGCAUUGCUAAAGAGUCAAGAUCACAAGAACAUCAUGCUUGAUUUGAAAGAAAAUUUCAUGGACUAUUUCGAAAAUAUAUUAAAUGAAAAAUCUGCUAAUUAUUUAGGAGUGAUUUGCCAUGGAGAUUUCUGGAAUAAUAACAUACUUUAUCGUUUCAAUAAAGAUGGUGCCGCGGAAGACAUUCGACUACUCGAUUGGCAAGUGAUCCGGUUCGGAUCUCCAGCAAUUGACUUACUCUAUAAUCUGUUUACAUCCACCGAUAAAGCACUCCGCGAUAAGGAAUACGACAAUCUACUGCAGUUUUAUCACAAGUCACUAUCCAGAACAGUACAGCUAUUAGGAAGUAAUCCAGACGAGCUGUUUACAUUUGAUGACUUGCAAUCAGAAUUGAAGCGAUGUGGCAACUACGCACUGAUGCUCGCUCCAAUGCUUAUUCAAAUUUCGCAAGCAAACUCAAGCGAAGUUACAAACUUAGACGAAAUGUGUGACAAAAUGGCUGAGGGUGAGAAUGCGAACCAAGGCCUAGUCACUGGUUUAACAGAGCACGGGCAAGCGGAAUACGAGCGUCGACUGAAUGAUGUCGUUGAAGAUGUGGUUCGGUUGGGCUAUUAUCACAAGCAAAUUUUUAACCAACUCUGAUUAUGUUUGAUCAUUUAUAUAUUUAUUGUUUAUUCUUCGAUUUACAUUCAGAAAACUAUUUUUCUAAUCGGUUUUCACGUGAUGCUUUGUUUAUUGAAUGAAAAAAUAGAAACGAAAUAAAUAAUAUUUAGAAACAUUUCUUUCAUAUAUUUGAA